AUGACAUCGGCCACUUCAACAGCACACACGCCAGCCGCACGAUUGCGCGAGCUCCUCGCCGGACCCUCGAUCGUCGUCGCACCGGGCGUGUUUGACGGCAUCAGUGCACGCACUGCGCUCAAAGCGGGACACAAGGCGCUCUACCAGACGGGAGCAGGAACGUCGGCCUCUCGUCUCGCACGUGCUGACCUCGGCUUUUUGGGCAUGUCCGACAUGAUCGGUGCGGCGGGAGUGUCGAUCAUGGCGGACCCGAGCAUGUUGACGCCCGUGAUUGCGGAUGCGGAUACCGGCUUUGGGGGUGCGCCGCAGGUUGCACGAACAGUGCUCGAAUACCACCGAGCCGGCAUCGCGGCCCUGCACAUCGAGGACCAAGUGCAAUCCAAACGGUGCGGCCACCUGGACUCGAAGCAGAUCGUCUCGCGCGCCGAGUUCCUCUCGCGCAUCACCGCCGCUGUCCACGCCCGCGACACACUCCCCUGCCCUGCCACCGACCGCAUCCUCAUCAUCGCACGCACCGACGCCCUCGCCGUCGUCAGCCUCGAUGAAGCCAUCGCGCGCCUCCGCCUCGCACACGCCGCGGGCGCCGACAUGGGCUUCCUCGAGGGCAUGCGUUCCGACACCGAGGUGCGCACCGCCAUGGCGGCAAUGCCCGACGGGUGGCCGAUGUUGGCCAACUGCGUGACGGGAGGCAAGAGCCCGCUGUGGACGGCCAAGCAGGCGGAAGAGCUCGGGUUCAAGCUGGCCAUCUUCCCGUGUGCCGGCCUCUUCCCUGUGGUUAAAGCGCUGCUCGCAAGCUACGCGCAUUUGGCCGAGGAGGGCAUCGGAAUCGAGGCGCAGACGCAGAGUGCCAAGAGCACGGUCGACCUCGGUGGCGCCGAUCCCUUGGGCCUGCGCAAUUUCUUUGCCGAUAUGGGCCUCGAACACGAGGUCGGCAUCGACAGGCUUGCCGCAAGCGGUGCUGGGCUUGGCGACGUUUGA